AUGGACAUUGGGGAUCUUCAGAAUGAUGCAGAAGUUCCAAGUUUGCCUCCCAUUUCGCAGGCAUCCCAAGAUCCAGAUCCGGUAGUAGAAACGGCACGUACAGAUGCACCGGAUACACCGAUCUCCCCGGUGGACCACCCGGCCAAGCCGGGGCUACCGGCCUUGGUGCUGCGGAAGGGCGCGGGACGCCGCGCGCGCGACGACGCCCGGCGGCGCAUCAUCGCGGCCCGGGAAGACCUGGAGCGCCGAGUGGCGGAGGCCACGGAGGCACGGCUGAAGCGCCAGGCGGAGGCUGAGGCGGAGGCACGCGCCCGGGCGGAGCAAGCCCAGCAGAGGGCCCGGAGACGGUUGGCUGAGAAAAAGAAGAAGAAGGAAGAAGCUCAAGAAGCUGAGAAGCAUCAAAGAUCACAAAGUAGUGGUGCCGAAUCCCACUCCCCAAGGGAGUUACCUGGGAUCAAGCCGGCCAAGGCCCGGGUGAAGAAGAAGAUUCAGAAACAACGAGAGGAGCAGGAACAGCGCCUACGGGAGAUCGAGGAGGACCGUGAGCGGACCGUCUUGCGGAAGAAGACCCAGGAAGAAGCCGCAGAGGCGCAUCGUCUCCAGGCUGCUCGACGGGCAGCAGAGCGUUGGCGCCGGGAGAGGGAAGCCAUGGAAAAGGUGAAAGCUGAGAGGGAGGAAGAAGUACAACAGGCUCGGGAGCGCCAGAAGUGGUACAGAAACCCGAAACAGAUCGCUAGGCUCAUUUCAGAGGCACAUGAUUCUCAAGCCCAAGCGGAGGAGCGGAGAAGGGCCGCUCGUGAGGAAGAGUCCUACCUCCGUCACGAGCGCGAGCGCGCACGGCGGCAUGUGGAUGGUGAGUUGGAGGAACGACCUUUUGGGGCUCGACGGCCUGGGUCCAAGACCGAGAUCUCUUUGGAUGAUGAGAACUUCCUGGCGAAAACCGUGCAGGCAUUGACAGAUGAAGAUUGGAAGGUGAACAUCAAGUUCAGCUGA